AACCGGUACUUGGUUUCAAGAAGUGAAAUGCGCCUCAUCAUCCGUACAUAAGCAAGAGUUUUAUCGUUAUUUUAAACUUCCAGUUAACGUUACUGUUACAACAACAAGUACUGUGUAGUUUAUCCAGCUCCAGUCUAUCUCACAGGGGGACUUUUAUCGUUGUCCGUUGUCCACCAGUGCAACAUUAGCUGGGUGGAAGGAAACACAAAUAAAACGUAAACCAUUAGCUAAUACUCCUUUCUGUAGGUCGUUAUUUCGACCUACGUCUUACUACCCUGCACAGACAUGGCUACUAAUCCUCCAGGACAAGCCUUCCCAAACAAGACACGGGUGGCGAUCCUGGCCGAGCUGGAGAAGGAGAGGAGACGGCUUUUGAGCACUCCUGGAGCCAGCAUCUCGCUGUCCAGACCGAGUCUGAAAGAGUUCAGGGACAACGCAGAACAGCAGCACAUCGCUGCCCAACAGAAAGCUGCCCUGCAGCAUGCGCACACACACUCAUCGGGCUUCUUCAUCACUCAGGACUCCUCAUUCGGGAACCUCAUCCUCCCCGUCAUUCCCCGCCUGGAGCCUGAGUCUUGACCUUUUUACCUUUUUUUGUCCUCCUCCUGCUGCCUGGUGUGACACAAAGCAUUCAAACAACACACAUGCACACCAGACCCACGUGUCUCCCACUUUCCCCUCUUUUAAGUAUUUGAUUAAUGGACAGUUGUUCGACAUGUCGUAAACAAUCUCAGGGGAGCGUAAAUCUGUCAUUUUUACAUUUUCCAGAACGAACAAGCCUGCUGCUGAAUUUAUGGGACACUUUCAAAACAGUCGGAAGAAGGUUCCAGAUAGCUGGGAAACUUCCUGUGAAAUUGUUCAGGGGAUAAAAACAACCUCUACAGAAAUACUGUAAAUGCUAUUCUGCUCUGUUGCCUUUCACUUCACUUAUCUAUAAAAUGCACAUUUGGUCAGGGUUUUUACAUAAAUGGAUUUGUGUCAAUAUUUGGAUAAUAAAUUGUUACAUUCUUGUAGAUAUAUUUUGAAUUUCAGUUUUUUAUUUGUGCAAUUAUAAAAACAGGGUUUAAAAAGCAUAUGCAUGGCCCAUGGCUAUGUUCACAUUAUGGGAUUUAACAGUGCUCCUGAUUUUUUUCCUCACUUCUGAUCUUUGUGUUCACGCCCAUGUUUUAAAGUAACCAUUUUCAAAAAGAACAAAACAUUUCUUCAUCAGUGGGUACCAAGUGUUACAUGAGAAAGGCAACUCUGCCAAUAAGUGUUGUUGUCUUUAUAUCAUUUACCAUCCACUUGAGUGCCUAAAAUUUGUUUUUUUUAAUGCCACACUGUGCCCAUGGACUAACGUUUCUUUUUUUCUUUCCAAAUGAAAAAAAAAAGACUACCUUGACUUUAUUGUAAAACUGUUAGGCAGACCACAAAACAGCCCAUGCAACAUGCAUAAAAAACUUUUUGGAGUCACUGAACCGUGAAUACUUAAAAGUCUCCUUAUUGAUCAGACUACUUACUAGAACAUCACGCAUCAAAAGUCGAGUCAUUAAAAAAUAAAGGUGCUUUGAGUGACAGAAUAAACCAGUUUCUCAUU